AUGUCCGUCGGUGCUCCCGAAUUGCCCGCUAUUGCCAUGCGAGAACCCCAUCGGAGCGAAUACGUCAGAUGCUCGCUCAGCCUCACUGCAAGCGCACCCUUCCCAGCAGUCAGUCACUGUUACGGUGCCUCCCGAGUCUUCCCCGGAUAUUGGACCCUUUUGCUGUGCGGCAUUCUGCAUGCUGAGACCCCGAAGAGGGCAAUGGCAGGAGCCAGCAAUGUACAGCAGUUGGAGAAACGAGGCCGGGCGGUAAGCCAGAAGCAAGUGCUUGCCAGCUUGCCAGGCAGCUGGAGCGUCGCCCGGCAAUAGUAACUCGUUCGGGUGACGAAGGAUUGUUUGCAGAGACAAUCAUCAGUGAUCAGAUUUAA